GGUUACUGACAUUGGUAGGAUACAGAGCUUCAGCAAACCAGACAUCCAACUGGAUGCAGCGAGUGAUGAGGACAUGCUCCGAGAUCCCAGAAUAACUGUGGAAAGAUUUCGUUUUAAAGGCUGAAGAGAAGAGACUUUUGGAUUCAUAAAACCAAAUUUAACGGGGUGAUCUGACAUUAGAUUGCACAGGACAGAUACAACCAUACACUGGACAGCCGUUCCGAAUCUGUGUUUGUGAUGUGACCGCUGGCUGCGCCGAAAGUGGCGCUUUUACGCACAAUGGAGGAGCUUUUACGCGUGCAGGACAGCUGGGCGCAGAAUGUUUCAUGGAGCAACUCAAGUCGUGGAAAUGAAAGCCAUUUAGGAAACAACACAGCGAAUCCACUGAAACGCAACGAAGAAGUGGCCAAAGUGGAAGUUACUGUCCUGGUCCUGGUGCUGCUGCUCGCCCUGACCGGUAACCUGUGCGUCCUGUGGGCUAUCCACACCACCAAGCACAGCCAGUCUCGGAUGUAUUACUUCAUGAAGCACCUGAGCAUCGCGGACCUCGUCGUUGCGGUCUUUCAAGUCUUACCGCAGCUCAUCUGGGACAUCACGUUUCGCUUCUACGGGCCGGAUUUGCUGUGCCGGUUGGUCAAGUACCUCCAGGUCGUGGGCAUGUUCGCGUCUACCUACAUGCUCGUGCUGAUGUCCGUCGACAGGUGCUUAGCAAUCUGCCAACCGCUUCGUUCGGUGCACAAGAGAAAGGAUCGCUUCUGCGUGAUCGCCUCUUGGAUGCUCAGCCUGGUGUUCAGCACCCCUCAAGCGUACAUAUUUUCUCUGAAGGAGGUGGGGAACGGUGUGUAUGACUGCUGGGGGGACUUUGUGCAGCCAUGGGGCGCCAAGGCAUACAUCACAUGGAUGAGUCUCAGCAUUUACAUUUUACCAGUGGCGAUUCUGAGCAUCUGCUAUGGUUUGAUAUGUUUUAAAAUCUGGCAGAAUUUCAAUUUAAAAACCAAAAGGGAGCACUUCCUGGCCCUCACACCGAGGGCCUCCAAAGGCGCGCACCCGCUUUCUCGUGUGAGCAGCGUGAGGCUCAUUUCAAAGGCAAAGAUCCGCACAGUGAAAAUGACAUUUGUGGUGGUCCUGGCCUACAUUGUGUGCUGGACUCCCUUCUUCUUCGUCCAGAUGUGGUCUGCAUGGGAUCCUGCUGCACCAAGAGAAGACAUGGCCUUCAUUAUCGCCAUGUUGUUGGCCAGUCUCAACAGCUGCUGCAACCCCUGGAUCUACAUGUUCUUUGCUGGCCACCUGUUCCACGACCUAAUGCAGUGCUUCUUCUGCUGCUGUAGACAGACGGACUCUUCCUGCAGCUGCGAUCGACAGCGCAGGCACAAGAGCAGCUCCUCCACUUUCGUCAUCAAGGACCCAGCAGCCAGCGGAGCCUCACACACACAUCCAGCACAGGGGGGCCAGGACACUGAAGAGCCAGCUGAAAGCCGUCCACGCUUCCUGUGGUCGAGAAGUCUGGCAAUCACGCAGUUCCCACUUUCAGGCAUUUUAAUCUUCUGCUGCGGCUCUGCGGUGGCCAUUGCAACAUGUUUGUUUUCAGAUGUUUUAAACUGAGCUAAAUAGACAAUGUAAACCUCCUGUCCAGACAAUACCCUGCACCCUGUGAUAACAGAGAGCAGAACAAAAUGUCAUUGUGUCCAAAAUGUGCUGUAGAGAGAGGCUUCUACAACAGCCACAUCUGGCAUCUGUUUAAAUCUCUAAGGAUGUGUUCCCUUGGCUUUCCCAAAACACCACUUUCCCUCUAGAUACCGUAUGCACCAUAGUCCUGCAUAUACUGCAUUUCUCUCUAUUAUAGGCUUUAGAAGUUCAAGAUCUAUCCUCUGCCUCUCUGUAUAAGCAACCACAAGCAUAUUCAAAGUUGUUUGUAUACUUCUGUCCUUAAGUCUUGAAUCUUAAAGUCUUGUUCCAACAGUUGUUGCCCUGACUUGGCCUUAAAGACAAGUAAUGAUCACAAUAAUUAUGUUAAUAUUGUGCAAGAAGAUUCUCUCUUAGAAAGCAAAGCAAAAUGCUUGACUGCAUUUUAAGAUAUGGUCGUUGCUGUGUGCAGUGAGCACUUAUUCAGCUACCGUAAUGAUUGUUUACCUUUUAAAGCAGCAUUACUUUGUGUCCAAGCAUUUUAAUAGUCACGUUGUUCUACUGUGUGAGUGGUUACAUCAAAAUAUUGAUAUGCAUGAAUGACUCAACGGUUAUUAAGAUAA